AUGGCGAAGGAGUUUCAGUUCAAUUGGAAACCCAAUAUACCCACUUCACUUCUACAAGGCGCGUGUUUUGAUCGAUAUGAUGAUGAAAGCACGUGUCUGGAACUGAACGCCCAAGUCCGAGUAGACGAAUACGGUUUCUUUUUCUAUUGGUUAGUAGAAGGAAAAGAUGCAGUUGUACUCGAUAUGGGACAAAUAUGGGAAGCCCGACCCGGUGGGUUACCCAAAGAUGGACGAAUUAUGUUUGAAUUGGAACAACGGGGAGCAAGUGAAACGAUAGCAGAAAGGACAAUAUGGAUGACACAUGGACAGGAUCUAGUCAAUGUUCAGUCGUUUUUUCUAGUUGCUGAAAGUGUUGAAAUGGCGAAAAUGUGGAAGACGGGGAUGAACGAAAUUCUGAAAACUUCAAGAAUUCGACAUGUCUGUCCCACGACGCAGCUGUUAAAAUACUGGAAAUGGCUCACUUUGAAUGUAAACGAACGACGGAAAAUUCCAAUCAAAGUGAUAAUCAAGACAUUUUCAUCGGGAAAACCGGAGAAAAUGGUCCAGAAAUGUUUGAAUGAUUUAGGCCUUGGCGGAGACAAGUAUACUCCGGUUCGUGUCAUCAAUCGAUCGAUGGGAAAAAAGUUUCGAAAUUUCUACAAAUGCAGUCGAGGAAGGAAACGAAAGGAGCGAGAAGAGCUAGAUGUAGAAAUUUUGACAUUCGAGAAGUUUCUGAGGUUAUAUAACAAGAUUUGUCCAAGGACAGAAGUUCAAGAACUUUUCGUUAAAUUAUCUGGUCAAAAGGAAUAUUUAACAAAAGAUCGACUGAUAAACUUUCUGAAUGAAGAGCAGCGAGAUCCUCGAUUAAAUGAAAUUCUUUUUCCAUUUUUUGAUCCCCCACGUACCGGUCAACUAAUUGCCAAAUAUGAAAUAGAUAAUAACUACAUUGAAAACGGAAAAAUGUCUGGAGAUGCGUUUCUUCGAUUUCUGAUGUCUGAUGAAAAUCCACCAGUAUUCUUAGAUCGAAUUGAAAUGUAUAUGGAUAUGGAUCAACCGUUAUGUCACUAUUAUAUCAAUAGUUCACAUAAUACGUACCUGACGGGAAGACAAUACGGUGGAAAAUCAUCAUCUGAAAUCUAUCGACAAGUAUUGUUAAGUGGAUGUAGAUGUAUCGAAUUAGAUUGUUGGGAUGGAACUGGAGAAAAUAAAGGAGAACCAAUCAUCACUCAUGGAAAGGCAAUGUGUACUGACGUCUUUUUUAAGGACGUCCUUGUUCAAAUCCGUGAUACUGCCUUCGCUCGAUCUGACUUCCCCGUGAUACUUUCAUUCGAAAAUCAUUGUUCUAAAUCGAAUCAACUGAAAAUGGCCAAGUACUGCAUGGAUAUCUUCGGUGACAUGCUGUUAUCAAAACCAUUUGACGAUGCACCGCUGGAACCAGGGGUAUCACUACCAUCCCCAAACCGACUACGAAAAAAGAUUCUGAUAAAGAAUAAACGGCUGAAAACGGAUAUUGAAAGGCAUCAAUUAGAUCAAUUUCUGAGAGAAGGAAAAUUAGAUGAAGAAGAUGAAUUGAAUGAAACACCAGAAGUUGUGGGAGAGGAUUCAGUAUCGCCUCGAAGCGGUGGAAGCGGUGGAACUGGUGCAGCAGAAGACGUCGCUAUGGAUGACGACACAUCAGAUGAUGACGAUGAUCCAUCUGUCCAAACCUCCCUGAAUGUAAUGCGUACCGUUCCAACCGUUAGUACAACAUCAAAUAAUGGAUCAAAUCGUUCGGCAAGAAGUUCAUUGGAGACUCCAUCACCUUCUGGUGGUGGUUUAAUGGUUCCCGAUAGAGCAUCCUCCACAGCUACAUCCAUCAAAAAUGCAGUGUUGGCGAGAUCUCCGAAUUUCUCUUCGCUCAGACAGAAACUGUCUUUUAAGAGGAGACAAUCGCCAUUAGCAGGCGAUCAACGUGCUCAUCCCGAAGUUGAACAACCUAUCAGUUCCUCAUCCCCAGCCACACCUUCCAUUUGUGGACCCCCUCCAUGUGCCACAUCAUCAGCUUCCACGUCUUCUAUAACUAUCACGACGACCGGAUGCUCAACGUCUUCUGGAUCCGGAUCAAAACCUAAUCAAGGUGAGAUCCCAGUGAAAGAAACAGAUGAAGCACAUCCAGAACUGAAGCAGAAUUUCAUUGCUAAAAAUUUGAAAGGAUUUGGAUUCUCGAAGAAACAACCUGUACUGACAAAAGAAGAAGAAGAAAGGAUAUUUGCUGAAUAUCAUUAUACUGGUGCAACAACAAAUAUUCAUCCAUUAUUAUCUUCUUUAGUCAAUUAUACUCAUCCUGUCAAGUUUUCGGGUUUCGAUGUGGCAGAAGCUAAUAAUCUGCAUUUCCACAUGUCCUCGUUCUCUGAAUCCACUGGCCUCGGUUAUUUGAAACAAUCUGCUCCUGAAUUCGUCAACUACAACAAACGUCAACCAUCUCGAAUCUAUCCUAAAGGAGCACGUGUCGAUUCUUCCAACUUUCUACCUCAAAUCUUCUGGAAUGCCGGUUGCCAAAUGGUGUCACUUAAUUUUCAAACUCCUGAUGUUUAUAUGCAAUUGAAUAUGGGAAAAUUUGAAUACAAUGGAGGCUCUGGAUACUUGUUGAAACCGGAUUUUCUGAGAAGACCAGAUAGAACAUUCGAUCCGUUUUCGGAGAGUCCUGUGGACGGAGUUAUUGCGGCUCAUUGCAGUGUUAGGGUCAUUUCCGGUCAAUUUCUAUCAGAUCGGAAAAUUGGAACGUAUGUAGAAGUUGAAAUGUACGGACUGCCAACUGAUACAAUCAGAAAAGAACACAAGACUAAAGUGAUUCCUGGAAACGGUUUGAAUCCAGUUUACAAUGAGGAUCCAUUCGUUUUUCGAAAAGUAGUUCUUCCCGAAUUGGCUGUUCUUCGGUUCGCUGUUUAUGAUGAAAAUGGAAAACAAUUAGGUCAACGAAUUCUUCCAUUGGAUGGUCUACAAGCAGGAUAUCGACACAUUUCAUUGAGAUCUGACACGAAUCAAAGCUUCAUUUUAUCACCUGUACUGUUUGUGCAAAUUGUGAUAAAAACAUAUGUUCCAGAUGAGCUGAGUGGUCUUGUCGACGCUCUUGCCGAUCCACGAGCAUUCCUCUCGGAACAAAAGAAACGACAAGAAGCACUGGCUCAUAUGGGAGUGGAUGAUAGUGAUAUUCCAGAUGUUCCUAACACCAAGAACACGGCUCUUCGGAAUAUGAAACAACCGCCUCGACAAAAUGGUUCAUCAGCUGAUCUCCUCUCAAAUAAUUCUCAGCCUGGGACUGCAAGAAGUGAUCAAAUCAACUCAAUGAUGACGUCGGUUUCCAUUCGUUCACCGAAUGAACAACCGGCGCCAGUUGCAGUUGAUAAGUUCAAGGCCUUGGCAAAUCUAACACGAACAUUCACUCGAAAAGCGACAUCUGCUCCACCUCCGAAAAUUGGAAUCGGUCAUCCACCAGCGGGUUCUACAAAGCCUUCGACAUCUGUUGGGGCUCCCGAGAGGCUUCAGGUCGAUCCAAUCGAAGUUGACGAUUUGAGACGUGAUAAAGCGUUUGCAAAGUUGCUGAAGAAAUUUCAAAAAGAUUUGGAUGAUUUGAGGAAGAAACAUCAGAAGCAGAGGGAUAGCAUUCAGAAGCAACAGCAAACCAACGUGGAUAAGCUCAUCACAAAUAACCGACGUUCCACGAAGAAAGAAAAAGGAUCCAGAAGAUCACUCACUGCAUCUGUAUCAUCUGGAUGUGGAAGCACUUCUGGAACUGUUCCAGUUGGAGUUUGUAUUCCAUCUGGAGCAAGUGGAAGUGGUUCUGGUGCUCCGUCCACUCCAGGCGCUGGUAAUUCCGAUGGAACUGGUUCCCCAGCUACCACUGGAAGUCCAGUACCGCAGGAUUUGAUUAACAAUGAUAGGGUCCGAUCCCUUGUCAACACUCAAACUGGCGAAUGGUCUGCAAUGGUUCGAAGACACGAUGAAGAGGAAUUUGAGCUGAAAAAAGGACAGCUCAAAGAGCAAUUCGACUUGUUGAAAAAACUAAUGUCCGAGGCGCAGAAAAACCAAAUGCAAGCACUGAAACUUCGCCUAGAAGCAGAGGGAAAAGACCUGAAACAGACGCAGACGAGAAAGAAUAUGGAAGAUCAGAAGACAAUCACUUUGGACAAAGGAAUCAAGACCAAAACAGAACGAGAUCGACGAGUGAAAGAGCAGAAUGAAAAGAAUCUGAAGAUGUUUGUCGAGGAGAGAAAGAGAUUGGCUAUGAAAGCUCAAAAGCACGAAGAACAACUAACAAAACGUCAUUUGGACCAACUUGAACAACUUGAAAAAGAUUUUCAAAAAGCAUUGGAAGUAGAAGUUGGCAAUUAUAAAGAAGAACAAUUGGCUGCCCAACCCACUUCUGUUGUCUGA